CCACCGCCUUCCCUCCGCUGCCCCGGUCAGGAGGGCGGUUUCGGGUCGCUAACGCGAACUCCGAGCAUCUCGGCGAGAAGCCCCCGGGCCAGCGCCCGGCAGGUGCUCCCGGCGCGGCGGGGUCCGGCCCGGCCCCGAUGGGGGCGCGGGCAGCGCCGGGCCGGGCGGGGGCGAACAAAGCGCGGCCGAGGGCGUGCUGCCCCGACGGGGCCGGCGCGGAGCCGCCCGCAGCGGGGGCGGGGUGACCGGGGCACCCGGCCCCCCUUCCCCACACACACACACACGCACAGACACACAGACAGACACACAGCCCCCGCACACGCACACCGCGCCCGGACACACGCCGAGACGUACGGGCGGCCGCUGGUGCGCGGCGAGAGGAUGCGGCCGCUGCGCCCCUGGGCGCUGGUGCUGGGCGGGCUCCUGUGUGCCUGGGCCGGGGCCGGGGCCGGGGCCGGGGCAGCGGCGCGGAGCUACCCGCACAGCGCGGUGCUGGACGGCGCGGGCGCCUACCGCCUGUUCUGGGGCCGCCGCGGCAGCGCCCUCGCCCUCCGCCUGGAGGUGCGCACCCGCGGCUACGUGGGCUUCGGGCUCUCGGCCAGCGGCGGCAUGGCCUCUGCCGACAUCGUGGUGGGGGGCGUGGAGAGGGGCCAGCCCUACCUGCAGGAUUAUUUUACAGAUGAAAAUAGAGUACUAAAAAAGGACCCUCAACAGGAUUACCAUCUGGAAUAUGCCAUGGAAAACAGUACACAUACAAUACUGGCUUUUAGCAGAGAGCUGCACACUUGUGACACAAAUGACAAGAGCAUAACGGAGAGCACAGUGCGGGUAAUAUGGGCCUACCACCACAAAGAUAUGGGAGAAGCAGGGCAAAAUUACCACGGAUCGAAUCGUGGUACAAAGAGUCUGCGCCUGCUGAACCCUGAGAGAGAGGAAGUCUCAUCUGCCUCUUUGCCGUACUUUGACUUGACAAACAAAGACGUGCCUGUGCCAGACAAGGACACAACAUAUUGGUGCCAAAUGUUUAAGAUUCCUGUACAACAUGAAAAGCAUCACGUGACAAAGGUUAAACCAUUGAUCCAGAAAGGCCAUGAGAACCUGGUGCACCACAUCCUCCUGUACCAGUGCAGCAGCAAUUUGAAUGACAGUGUUCUGGACUAUGGGCAUGAGUGUUACCACCCCAAUAUGCCAGACUCUUUUCUUACAUGUGAGACAGUCAUUUUUGCCUGGGCCAUUGGAGGAGAGGGCUUCACCUACCCUCCUCAUGUUGGCUUAUCCAUCGGCACAGCAGCUGACCCUCUGUUUGUCCUUAUGGAGGUGCAUUAUGACAAUCCAUCAGAGACAGAAGGCUUGAUAGAUAACUCUGGUUUGAGGCUAAUUUAUACUCCAGUUUUAAGGAAAUACGAUGCUGGAGUUAUUGAAGCUGGUCUUUGGGUCAGCCUUUUCCACAAUAUCCCACCAGGCAUGCCUGAAUUUGUGUCAGAGGGUCACUGCACACUGGAAUGUCUGGAAGAGGCUCUGGGUGCUGAGAGACCUGCUGGGAUUCAAGUGUUUGCAGUGCUUCUCCAUGCUCACCUUGCUGGCAGAGCUAUCAGGAUGCGCCACUUCCACAACGGCGAGGAGCAGAAGCUGCUUGCUUAUGACGACGAGUUUGACUUCAACUUCCAGGAGUUUCAGUACCUGAAUGAAGAAAGAACCAUCUUGCCAGGGGAUAAUUUAGUCACAGAAUGCCACUACAGUACUGUGGACCGAAUUCGUAUGACAUGGGGUGGUCUGAGCACCAGGAAUGAAAUGUGCCUGUCAUACCUGCUCUAUUACCCGAGAAUCAACCUCACCCGCUGUGCGAGUAUUCCUGAUAUAAUGGAACAGCUCCAGUUCAUCGGUGUUAAAGAAAUCUAUCGACCAGUCAGGACUUGGCCUUUCAUUAUCAAGAGUCCUAAGCAAUAUAAAAACUUGUCUUUUAUGGAUGCAAUGAACAAAUUCAAAUGGUCCAGAUCAGAGGGUCUCUCCUAUAAUCAGCUUGUGCUUAAACUACCUGUGAACGUGAGAUGUUCAAAAACAGAUAAUGCGGAAUGGUCGAUCCAAGGCAUGACAGCUUUACCUCCUGAAAUAGAGCGACCAUACAAGACAGAGCCAGUAAUAUGCAGUUCAUCUUCCUGUUUAAGUUGCGGUUUAUUCCUUACCCUGUUGUGUAUUGUAUACAUCACAGCCAGUACCAUAGGAAACACUGGGCCCUUUGUAUAAUAAUUUUUAUUCAUCUGUGUUCUGUAUGCCAUGCAAGUUCUGAUGUGUUUGCACUGUUGCUAUUGUAGAUUUAUUUUUUUACUUAUUAAUGAACUAAAUUUGUUGGAUCAAAACAAAAUGUGUACAUCCUCUGGAAACUGUGGGGGUUUUGGUUUUCAAUGUAAAAUAUGUAUGAAAUACAGUAGGUACACUGACACAUUGCAUAUUGAAAUAUUUUCCUGUACCAUUUUCUUAUACUUUGUCCUGCCUCUUCCACAUGGUGCGUUCAAAGUCAUCUAUGUAUAUGGGUAAAAUUAAUAAACUAAAAGCAACU